UCUAAUAAUGUUCUAAGCUUUUAUUUUCUUUUUUCCUUUAGUGUUUACAUAUUGUAUAAAGUCAAAAAAGGCUUCCUGGUCUGUAGUGGUGCAGCACUAACACCUCUCUGAAGCUCCCCAACAGCCCUGGGGAUUAGGGUGAAGUUAGCAGUCGGUCUGCGAUCUGUAACCACCAGCUGGUUAACUCCCUUGUGUGAAAGAGCAUUGGGAUUUAGAAUGAAUAUUACUUUGAUACUUGGCACACAUGAAUUUGAUCUUGGUUUAGUCUGUAAUUACAUUGCAUUGCCAUCACUUAUCACAGCCCAGGAACAGAAACAGCAAUUAAUAACUCACCAUAAAAUUUGUAAUUCUGGCCCACUCAGUGUCAAUCUGAGCACAACUCGGCAAAAGUGUUGAGAGGUGCAGGGGCAUAAGCUGCUUCCCUUAGUUCUGUGUUGCUGUGCUGUUGGGGGGAGAUGGGUACAUUGCCCCAUAGGCCUCUGCUUCAGUCACUCCCUCUCCUGAGCUUAAUGGAGGCCAGGCCUAAUCAGCCACAGGUCAUAUCCCACGUGGGCGGGAAAACCAAUUCUGCAGUCUUACAUAAUGGAUCCAUUUAAUUCAGUGAGGGAUCAGCUUUCUCUACCUUAGCACAGCCUGCUUUGUCAAAAAAAAACAAAAAAACAAAAAAAACACAUCAUCAUAGUAAACAAACAACUUUUCACUUUCCUGUUCAAUAUUAUACAAAGCUUUCAAAUUGUUCUUGGAAUAAUUGAAUGAUUUUAACACAGAAACAGAAGAGCUACUGAAUUUAAUGUGAACAGGUGAUCUGCACAUUGAUCCAAAAAAAAGCUUUCGCAGUGUCCAGACAUGAUGUCACUGUGGGAGCAGGUAAAGGGAACUGCAACUGGAUUUCCAGAAGUGAAUGGCACAGAACUGAAUGAAGGUUACUUUCCCUCCCUGAAUCAGACAGAAACAGAGUUGAAGUUCCUAUCCAAGACUGUAACCAUGGAGACGGGUGAGCAAUCCAGCAGAGCAAACAUACUUGACUGUGAAAUGGAUGUCCAGGAGACUGAGUUACCUGAGAACAAAGACAUAAUCCAAGCUGAAGCUGAAGGUGAAGAUGAACAGGCUUGCAAUGACAAUGACCUAGAAUCCCUCAGUACGAAAGUAGUGGUUGACAUUUUAACAGACCUGACUUCCACAGAGGAGAAUGCUAAUGAACCUGAAGACAUGCCCUGCCAAAAAGAAGCUCUGGUCUUGGAGGACCCUCGUGAUGAGCUUAAUCGCAAUGAGUCUAUAACUUCCUCAGCCUCGGAUACGCCAUCUAGUGCUGAGAGUGUGUAUGAAAAUGAAACAAUACAAAAAAGACAGGAUUCAGUGAAAGAAGAACUGACAAAAAAUGUGCCUGUAAUAGAGGGUACUGAAGAUGAAGAAACACUAGAAGCACUGAAGACAGAAUCCCAUGAGGCCAUCUUAGAAGACUUAAGCAAUAAUGAAACAAAUGAAUCCAUGGUGGAAUCAUAUAUUCGAGAGGAAGUUAUGUCAGACAUCUCAACAGAGUCUGUUCAUGAUCCUGAAGACCUGGAGGAGUGUAUCAUGGUAGAAAUUGCUGCUGCAUCCUCUGAUAGUGAAACAGAUGAGAAAUGGAGGACUAUAUUUUCAUCCUCUAUCAAUAAGGAGGAUGAUGACUCCUACCUUGACAGUCUUGAGCUCAGUGCACAAGAACUCUUCAUUCAAAAGCCUGAGGUAAAGAAUGUUAAAAACCAAUCUGUGUUGGAAGAUAAUGUGGAGCAGGACAUCCCUGUAGAAGACGAUGUGUUGGAGCAACCUGAGAGCAAUUUAACAUAUGCGCAGCCCACACAGGAGAUCUCUUAUAACCCAUCAUCAUUGUUCCAUGGCUUGUCCAAGAUAUCUGAGGAUGAGGAGGAGCCUGGUAAGAGUUCAAUAAACAACAAGGACAGUUCAUCUAUUUGUGUCACGUCAGAUCCAAACAAGAAGGUGCCAAAAGAUUACUGUGUGAUCCAGGAGAUGAAGAGUGAAAACGUCAGUACAGAGCAUGUCAAUUUUAGAGUUGCUCGCAAUCAGUGGCUGCAGAUGGAGGAGCAAACAAAAAACCUGUCACGCCAACCUAUAACCAAGACUGGGACCUGCCACGGGAGUCACAACUUUAUGUACACACCAGUGCGAAACAUUGACAGACCCAAGAGGGAUCCUGAUCUUGAGAAUCUGGCACUUGGAAGAGAGUGCCCACACAACCAGUUCAGCCCUUGCUCAGAGGACUCAGGCCUAGGUGACUCUAGCUAUAGGUCACCUUAUGAUGACCCAGAGACCCCAACUGACAUCCGCUCUGCAAUGGAGAGAGAAGAAAGUCCAAGGACUAAGGGAAUGUCCAAAUCUUACUCAAGUGAUUGUGUGCAUGGAAAAGGAAGAGCAGUCAUUUUGAACCCUGGAAGUUUAUGUCAGGAAGUUGAUCAGAAGAGAAAGAUGUUUGAGCAUGAGGAAGACAACUGCAAGUUAUCAUCUAGUAACAAGAUGCCAUCUUUCAUUGUUACCUCUUCACCAACAAGAGGAUCACAGAAACAUGAAAUGGCGGCCAACAACGUCAUUAUCCUCGAGCCUGAUUCUUGUCAUCAAAGCCCACGCCACAGUGGAAAACUGGUGACAUCUAAAUCUGCUGACUGGCGAUCAGAGGAAAGCCCCAAUGUAAUCAUACUGGAGACAUCAAACCUAAUAAUUCGAAGUGCAUCCGAAUUUAACCUGAAUUCUUCUUGUGUGGAGACCCAAGAGAAAUCCUUCCUCAACAACCCAUUUUUCAAACUACGAUCUAGGAGCACUCUAUCUCUGGUUGAUGAAGAGAUUAAGAUGGUAAAACAGCGAGAGGAAGAACUGAAGAGACAAAGAGCCAAUGUUUACACCAAAGAAAAGUUCCUUGCUUCACCCAGUCUUCUCGAUGGUUCAUAUGACAAUCAAGAGAAUAUUCCGAUAAAGUGUAAAUCAUCUCCUUCAUCUCCUAUGAAGACUUACAAGAUGGAUCGGUCAACCCUAUCUUGUGAUCACAGAUUUCCUGAGUCCUAUUCUGGAGGUCGUCGCAAAAGUGCCAUGGCUCUACGCUGGGAGGCAGGGGAGUUUGCAAAUAAUGACUAGAGAGCAACAGACUGGCCAGUGACAGAAUCCUUCGAGUUAUGUAAAAUAGGGGUUCUCAGCUCCAGCCCUGGUUCACAGUGCCCUAUACAGUUUUCUCUGCUUCAAAGAAACCUGCUCUAAUGUAUCAGCUACUUGUCAAGCAUUUUAAAAAUUUGGAUAAGCAAAGAUAACUGUGUAGGGCUGUGGAUUCCCAGGACUUCACAAGGGAAUCGUUAAGUUUUCUAAGCAGUAUUACAGACUUCAGAUUUCAUGCAGCUCCAUAAGCACAUGCCAUUGCUGCUUGUGUGCUUUUACUGGCUCUUUAUUCAUGUUUUGUAGAGGCAGAAGAUUUGAGCAAAUGCCAAGAUGUCCAAAAAUGUUAGUUAAAGGUUGGAUGUUCGGUCUAUGCUCGUUUCUCCAUAUAAAUGUCAAGAAGUUGUUAAAACACACUUUUAUGUAAGUCUCAGUACAAGGAAAGGAAGAUGUACUAAGGUUUCAAAUAUUCUUUUCUUGCUAGACAAGUUUGUAUAAGACUGCAAUUAGAAUAUCUGAAACAUUAGCAAAAAAUGAGAUAAGGUCAACUUUGCCCAUUUUUGCUAGAAUUCACUGUACUCAAAUAACUAACUUGAUAUAUUCGAUUACGUGUAUUGGUUUCUUUUUUUCUUUUAAACAAAUCAUAUUUGGAUAUUUAGAUACUCAAAAUAUCAAUACUCCCAAAAAUAGGGAUAACUUAUUUAACAGUGAAUAUUUAAGUGACUUCAAAUGCUUUACUGUGUAAAUGGAAAAACACUAUAAUUACACCGCUUUGCAAUUUGUUGUCUAUAAAGAUGUUUGUAUGCUUACGUGAAUCCACAUUUGGUUAUAAAACCAAGAGUACUGCUUGCUUGUAUCUACAUAAGCCAUUCUCAAGUAUAAGGUUGCAUUGCUUUCUAUUGAAAAGAAACACUUGACCUUGUUCUAAUUUAGCUACAAGUGUUGAAAUAACUAUUGCAACAAUAAAUAUCAAUAUGAAAGAUCA